AUGAGGAGAAUUUAUGCAAGAGAGCAAAUCCGAAAGGAAAGCAAGAGAAUUUCAGACUUUUCAGGAUGUCCCAAUCUGCUAGAACAAGUUUGCUUUUAUAGGCAUAUUGGUGGCUGUUUGGAUAAGCCGAACAGGCACCAGUUUGGCCACAUUGGAAUAUCUUCAAGGAAGUGGCAAAGCCAUUCUACCUCUUCCCCAGUUUUAUCUAAAGUUAUGAAUUCUGAUUUCAUAGUAGACCCAGCAAUGCAAGCCCGUUUGGAAGAUUUCCAAGAUAUAGCUUCCCUACCAAGAGUAAAGACAUACUCACUAGUGAAUUUUGAGUUUCUAAGCAGCACUUCAGUCACUGGUUGGGCUGGCUACGUACUUGUUCAAAAACUGAAGCAUCUAAAGCUAGAAUUAAAGAAAUGGAAUGUUGAGGUAUUUGGCAAUGUCUCAUCCAAACUCAAAGUUUCAGAAGAGGAAUUGCAUGCAUUUGAUAUCUUGGCAGAAGAAAGACCUCUGGUUCAAGCUGAAAUGGCAAGAAGAAGAGUGGUCAGAGGAGAGUUGUGGAAACUGCGCAGGAUGGUGGAGUGGAUUUGGCAUCAAAAAUCCAGAUUGAACUGGACUCUAAAUGGGGAUAAGCAUACUAAUUUUUUCCAUGUCUUUGCUAAUACCAGACAGAACAGGGACAUGAUUAACUCUAUUGACGUUAAUGGGGUAUCUUAUGAGGAUCCUAACAGGGUUAAAUUUGAGGUCAAUCAACACUUCAAGAAACAGUUUGCGGAGGAUUGUGCUAAAAGACCUGUCUUGGGAGGGAUAUUCAAGACCAUUGGGACUGACUAUGUUUCUCAUCACCUUGCCUCAGAGUUCAGUGAAGCUAAGGUAUUGGCUGCAAUCAAGGAUUGCAAUAGCAACAAAGCUCUAGGCCUUGAUGGUUUUAACUUGCUGUGCUAUCAGAAAUUUUGGAAGGUCAUGAAGCCUGAGAUUAUGCAAUUUUUUGCAGACUUCCAUUCAAAUAGCUUUUAUUAG